AUGGCUUCCCUCGAGAUCAUUGUCUCGGGCCAUUCGACUAUCAGCCGCUCCCCGGAACGAUGUGUGCUCAGAGCCUCUGUGAGAUCAGAAGGACCACAACAGGAGGCUGUGUCGAAAGAGGUCACUUUGGCGUCCAACCAGGUCCACCAGAUUUUUACAGAACUGUCGCCCAAAACCGAGGAGGGUCUUGCAACCGCGGACGCCCCGGUGACCAAAUUCUCCAACACGCUUCUCCGCACCUGGUCCACAGUGCCCUUCGAGAACGAUAAGCCACUGCCCCGGGUUUACCACGCUCAUUCCUCAUUUCGAGCCAUUUUCCGCAAUUUUCUCACGCUUGGCGAAGUGGUUAGCAAGCUAGCUACAUAUCCCAAGGUAGAAAUCGACCCGCUUGACUGGCGCCUGACCGAUGACACCAAGAAAGCGCUGGGCUCCGAGUCGCGCAAGCUGGCGAUGUAUGAUGCUAUUCAGAAAGCCAAUGAUUAUGCCGAAGUCGUCGGCCAGAAAGUGGUUGCUGUUCAAAUCACAGAUGGGGGUCACGGAUCGUACGGCAGAACCAUGCAGUCGGCCAGAGCGAUGGCUGCCCCUGCCAUGAUGAGACAUUCUGACCUCCCCGAGGGAGGCCCGGUCAUUGACCUGACACCACAGGAUAUCGAAUUCACUGGUUCUGUGGAGGUAAAGUUCGAGACAGUAUCGGAGACCUGA